AUGAGAUACAUCCACUCCCAAGAGAGCCUGACGGUUCCCGAGAAUGUCAAGGUUCACAUCAAGUCCCGCAUCGUCACCGUUGAGGGCCCCCGUGGCAAGCUCGUGAAGGACCUGUCCCACUUGGCUGUCAACUUCUCCCAGCCGGUCAAGGGCACCAUCAACAUUGAGAUCCACCACGGCUCAAGAAAGAACGUUGCCACCCUCCGCACCGUCCGCACCCUCAUCAACAACCUGAUCGUCGGUGUCACCAAGGGCUUCAAGUACAAGAUGCGCUACGUCUACGCCCAUUUCCCCAUCAACGUCAACCUGGAGAAGGACUCCGAGACUGGUCUGUGGGAGGUCGAGAUCCGCAACUUCAUUGGCGAGAAGCUCGUCCGCAAGGUCAUCAUGCGCGAGGGCGUCGACGUCGAGGUCUCCAAGGCCCAGAAGGACGAGCUCGUCCUCUUCGGCAACUCCCUCGAGGCUGUCUCCCAGUCCGCUGCCGAUAUCCAGCAGAUCUGCAAGGUCCGCAACAAGGAUAUCCGUAAGUUCUUGGACGGCAUGUACGUCUCCGAGAAGGGCAACAUUGAGGAGGAGGCUUAA